AUGCUGCUCCUUUUGUUUCUCGCAUCUUCUUGUUCGUCUUCUUUCUUCCUGUUUCUCAGAUAUCCCGGUUCCCGAGAAAGUUAUAAAAAAUUGAUUAACUGA